GAGCUAAUAACUAGACCGCGGUGCUCCGCGCUCAGUCAGAGUCGCGGCGCGGUGCAGUCCACACUGGAAAUUGUGUUUCGAUAUCAUUUUAUUUCUUUAUACAUUUUUUGGGAAUCCAAAACGGUUAUUGAACAUGGUACCCCGUCCAGUGUCUCCGUAUGCACGGGAGCCUCUCAUUCCGCAGUUUUACGCUGGGAAAAGCAUAUUCAUAACAGGAGCAACCGGUUUUAUGGGAAAGGUACUGGUGGAGAGAUUACUAUGGACGUGUCCAGAGAUCGAGCGCAUCUUCCUCCUGAUGAGAGAGAAGAAGGAAGUAUCGCCAGAGAAGCGGCUCGCGCAGCUCAAGCAGUCACAGGUAUUUGACGUGAUCAGAGAGUAUUGUCCGGGUCAGCUGGAGAAGCUGUACCUGAUCCCGGGCGACACCACCGCCCCCAACCUCGGUCUCAGCGUGGAAUCCAUUGGUCUACUGAAAGAGGUGUCGGUGGUGUUCCACAGCGCGGCGACGCUCAAGUUCGACGAGGCCCUCAAUAAGGCGGUGGACCAGAACGUGCGCUCCGUCUUGAGCCUCAUGGACAUAUGCGACGGGAUGCCCAACAUCGAGGCGCUGGUGCACGUGUCCACUGCGUACAGCAACGCGGAGCUGUCGACAGUGGAGGAGCGCGUGUACGCGGCGCCGGUGCCGCUGCAGCAGCUGCUGGCGCUGGCCGACGCGCUGCCGGACCAGCUCGCCGCCGACCUCACGCCCAGGUUGAUAAGUCCGAAACCCAACACGUACACGUUCACGAAGGCGCUCGCGGAGAACGCAGUGGCUGAGCGGACCAACAGGAAAUACCCCGUGGCCAUCUUCAGACCCACGAUUGUAAUAUCUGCUCUUCGUCAUCCCUUCCCUGGUUGGAUCGAGAACCUAAAUGGCCCCAGCGGCGUGCUGGUGGCAGCCGGGAAGGGCUUACUGCAUUUCUUCUGCUGCAAGAGGUCAGCUAAGGCGGACAUGAUUCCAGUGGACAUAGCUAUUGACACGCUGAUAGCGGCCGCCUGGGAGACCGCCGUGGAUAAACUGGACGAGAUUCGCGUGUACAACUGCAGCAGCGGGAGGAACUCGACCACGUGGGCGCAGUUUGAGAUGGCGAUCAAAAAGUUGCUGAUUGAACAUCCCCUGGACAAAACAUAUUGGUACCCGAGCGGAGCUGCCGUGGAGAACGAGUAUGUCAACACACGUAGACCCCGGACUGUAGAUGGCGCUGCUAGCACAUAUCUUCUUAAUAUAUUGCAGUUAAUAACACAGACGAUCCCGUUACAUAUGGCGGAGUAUUGUUCUCGAAUGAUCGGAAUUAAAUCAAGAUUAAGUUUAAUUACCAUUAGCGAACGUCUCCAGGGAAUGUGUAAGGUGCUAACGUUCUUUUCGAUGCGCGAGUGGGAUUUCAAGUCCGACAAUGUCCGGAAAUUGCAAGCCAGACUAUCUCCACAGGACGCACUGAUCUACAAUCUGGACCCGAAUACAAUAGACUGGGACGCUCUGUACGUAGACUUCGUGAAAGGAACAAGGAAAUAUCUGCUGAAAGAAAAAGACCAGGACAUUGACGAGGCCAAGCGACAUUUGCGCAAGAUGUUCUACGUCCACAACGGCUUCCUGGUGUUCGUGACGGCGCUGCUGCUGCGGCUAUCGCUGCACGCGCCCCUGGUCCGCAGCCUCGUGCUGGGCACUCUCCGGCUGCUGUUCACGAUCGUCAGCUCCACGUACUCGCGCGUCUCCUCGUAGUUGGCCAAGACAACCUUUUUAACUGUUAUUUAUUAAAUAAAAAUUUUAGAUAAACUGUGAUGGAGCGCGUCUGGAACUAUAAUGGAUGACAACGAUGAGUCCAACUUAAUAGAGCCAUGUGUGGCCCUUCAUAAACUGAUAAAUCUGUUUCUACUUCAUAGAUAGACUAAUGUUUAAGAGUUGUCGCGACGUGUGCGGCUAGUUCGAGUAUCUGGCGGUAAUGUACGCGUCAUCAUCUCAUCUUACUAAUCUGGAGAUUGUAUUGUGUCAAGUACGAGCUGUGUGACACAACUCCAUGUACAUUAUGGUACGCUAUUUCUUGUACUUAGGUGAGAAUUAAAAAAAAAUAAGACGUCAGAACUUGGAAAGGUUUAAUGGCGCGAAAAUUACUUUUUAAGGUUAUGUUUUUAUUAUGCUCAAGUUUGUAUAUCAAUAUGUUAAUGGUUGCAAAAAACAAUUUGACGCCUUUAUGUUUAAAACAUCUUUAAAAUUGAAAACAAAUUAUUUUUCAUUGUUGCAAAGUUUUUGUUUUCUUGUAACCGUUUUUCUAAGAACAAUAAAAUUGUCUUAAGUUGUUACUUUUAAUACAUGGUAUUUAAUUCAUAAUUAUUGUGAAAUUAAUAUUAAGUCUAACAUGUGAGUUGAUGUAUGUAAUUGCAAAGUCAAUUACUCUGUAUGUUUUUGUGUUGGGAACUGCUCAAAUUUAAACUCGCGUCACAAUAUAAAAAUUACCAUUACUUUAAUGAGUAGGUACGGCUAAGUACACAACAAUGUGAUAGUAGUAAAUAAUUUUACAUGAGUCCCUUUAAUAAAAUUAUCAUUACCUAUUUAUUUGUUGAAUAUUAAAAAAAAACGUAGGUAAAUAAUAAAAAAAGUGCGUGCGUACAAAGUACACAUGUCAGAAGUGAAACUUUUUUGGCGAACUAAUUUAUAAAUCUUGCUUAUAAUUAUACAAAUCUAAAACUUUAGAUUUCCGAGACUUAGAGGAAGGGAAAAAGGAAGAUAUGUUCCCGCCAAAAGUCUGUCAAAUGUCAAUCUCAAACCUCAGUGUUGACAGUCACAUUAAGUUUAGAUUUCUAAAUUGUAAAUGACUAAUAUUUUGCCAAUUGAAUUGACUCAUUUAAUUUUAUGCUAUUUGAUUAAUGUUCCAAAUUCUUUUCAUUUCAUUUCAAUUCCUAUUAACAUUUUUCACAAAAAGAUUAUAAAAUAUUAGGCUGUAUGGUAUGAUACAUUUGCCUUUCCAGUUGGAAAAAUACAACAACUGCUACUACUGACAUUUCACAAGUACUUAAUUUCAAUAGUAGUUUGAUGUCACUUCCGUUGCAUACCUGCGUGACGUUCUGUAAAAAUUUUACCCUCAUGCGCCUAAAGAAGUUUCACUUCAAUAAUAGUAAUAUUACUAUUACUAUUUUCACUCUGGAGCCGUAACCACUGGUGCCUUGUGUCGUAGACACCGCCAUCGGAUGCAAUCGUAAUCUAUUUUUUAUAUUGUAUUUUUAUUUAAAAAAAACAACUUAUAUAUGUAUGUAUUGUUUAAACUUAGGUACCGGAUGUGAUAAGAUUUCAAUAAAUUUAGUAUAAUGUUAAUAAUACGAAUGUUGCCAGUAACAAAGUAUUCCUUUGCUCAAUUUGUUUUUACUAAUUGUGGGUUAUGGAUCCUGCUUAGAAAAAUAAAAUAAUAAAUUUAAGGUUUAAGAAUAAUUUGUAUGUUGGUAUUAAAUACUUUUAAAAAAAUGGUGAUGUAUUGAUUUAAGAUAAACUACUUUUACUUA